AUGUCUUCUUCCUCAUCGAAACCCCAAUGGACCUACGACGUCUUCAUCAACUUCAGAGGAGGAGACACUCGCAGGGACUUCGUCUCCCAUCUCUACUACGCCCUAUCUAACGCCGGCGUCAACACUUUCUUCGAUGAGGAGAAUCUGCUCAAGGGAACGCCGCUAGAGGAGCUUACGCGAGCAAUCGAAGGCUCUCAGAUCGCGAUCGUUGUUUUUUCCGAAACUUACUCCGAGUCCACCUGGUGCCUCACAGAGCUUGAGAAAAUCAUCGAUUGCCACGAAUCCUACGGCCAAAUCGUCGUGCCCAUAUUCUACGGCGUCGAAGCGUCCGUCCUACGCAAUCCGAGGGGUCGUUUUGGAAAAGCUUUGGAAGUUGCCGCGCAGAAGAAAUUUUCCGCUGAUUACAGGGAGUAUGGGUUGUCGAGGUGGAAAAACGCGCUCAACAAAGCUUCAAAUUUAUCUGGUUGGGACCUGAAGAAUCACAGGAAUACGGCUAAACUAGUGAAAGACAUUGUUGAGGACAUACUGACAAAACUAGACUACGCACUCUUGUCUAUAACUGAAUUUCCUGUUGGAGUGGAAUCCCGUGUGCAACAAGUGAUUGAAAUUAUAGAAAAUCAAUCUGCCAAGGUCUAUAUCAUAGGAAUAUGGGGAAUGGGAGGAUCUGGCAAAACUACCAUUGCCAAAGCCAUCUACAAUCAAAUUCAUCAUAGAGCCUAUGUUACAGAGAUACUAAAUGGUUGUGGGCUACAUGCUGAUAUUGGAAUAACAGUUCUAAUAGAGCGUAGUCUCUUAAAAGUUGAAAAGAACAACAAACUCGGAAUGCACCAAUUGCUUCGGGACAUGGGGAGGGAGAUAAUUUGUGAGAGUUCAAGAAAGGAACCUGGGAAGCGAAGUCGAUUGUGGUUUCAUGAGGAUGUAAUUGAUGUAUUGACAAAUAAUAGUGGAACAGAAACUAUUGAGGGAUUGACUAUGAAAUUGCAUUUCACCGGCAAAGAUUGCUUUAAAGCUUAUGCUUUUGAUGAAAUGAAGAGAUUGAAACUGUUGCAACUUGAUCAUGUACAACUAACUGGAAAUUUUGGUUAUCUUUCUAAGCAACUGAGAUGGAUCUGUUGGCAAGGGUUUCCUUCAAAAUACAUACCUAAAAAAUUUUAUAUGGAAGGUGCAAUUGUGAUUGAUUUAAAACAUAGUAAUCUUCAGGUUUUCUGGAAAGAACCUCAGGUUUUGGGGAGGCUAAAAAUCCUCAAUCUUAGUCAUUCCAAGUACUUGACUGUAACCCCUGACUUUUCAAAACUACCAAAUCUUGAAAAGCUCGUUCUCAAAGAUUGCCCACGAUUGUGCAAGGUACACAAGUCCAUUGGAGACCUCUGCAAUCUUCUUCUGAUAAAUUUGAAGGACUGCAAAAGUCUUAGCAAUCUGCCAAGGGGAGCUUAUAAGUUGAAAUCUGUAAAAACACUCAUCCUUUCGGGUUGUUCAAAGAUAGACAAAUUAGAAGAAGAUGUAGUGCAGAUGGAAUCCUUGACCACUCUAAUUGCUGAAAAUACUGCUAUGAAACAAGUGCCCUUUUCAAUAGUAAAGUCAAAAAGCAUUGGUUAUAUAUCCCUAUGUGGAUAUGAAGGAUUUUCACGUAAUGUUUUUCCUUCUAUCAUUCGGUCUUGGAUGUCACCAACAAUGAAUCCGCUAUCUUAUAUUCAGCCAUUUUGUAGCACAUCGUCAUAUCUAGUUUCCAUGGAUAUGCAAAGUUAUAAUUUGGGUGAUCUUGCACCAAUGCUUAGCAGCCUUUCAAAUCUACGAAGUGUUUUGGUGCAAUGUGACACAGAGUCUCAAGUUUCUAAACAAGUAAGAAGAAUUCUUGAUGACAAUUAUGGUGUAAAUUUUACACCAUUUGAAACGACAUCACAAACGUCAAAUCAUUACUUUAAGUCUUAUUUGAUUGGGAUUGGAAGUUAUCAAGAAGUCUUCAGUAUUCUCAGUGAUAGCAUAUCCGAGGGAUUGGCAACUAGUGAGUAUUGUGAUGCUUUUCUCCCAGGUGCCAAUGAUCCUUUUUGGUUGGCCCAUACGAGUGAGGGACAUUCAGUGUAUUUCUCUGUGCCUGACAAUUGUCGCAUGAAGGGAAUGACUUUAUGUGUAGUUUAUUUAUCAACCCCUGAAAGCACAGUAACUGAAUAUCUCAUUAGUGUUUUAAUGGUUAAUUACACAAGGUGCACCAUCCAGAUAUUCAAGCGAGAGACAGUAUUUUCCUUUAAUGAUGAAGAUUGGCAGGCCAUAGUAUCAAAUUCAGGCCCUGGAGACAAGUUGGAGAUUUUUGUGAAUUUUGCGCAUGGAUUGGUGGUCAAGAAGACAGCUAUCUAUCUAAUGUGUGAUGAAUCAAUUGACAAGGAAAACAACCCGUCACCUGAGCCAAAGAAAGAACCAAAGAAAAAUGUCUUUAAAAGAUUCAUCAAGAAAGUUGUAAUGUAA